AUUACUCUACAAAUAGGUAACCCUAAAUCUUGAGCUGCUUCGUGCCGCGAGAGCUGCUGCUUCUUGUCUCCAGAUCUCUGCAUCUCUAUACAUAUAGAUACACAUAUACAUACACUUAUUAUAGCUCGAUGGAGAAGGAAGGAGAGGGGCAGCGAAUUCCGAUAUUCAGAGAUAUUAGAAGAUAUUACUGCGAGUACUGUGGCAUAUGCCGAUCGAAGAAAACCUUAAUCGCCUCUCACAUCCUCACACACCACGCGGAGGAAGCGAAGGAAAAGGAGCGGGAUGAAGAAAAAGAGCAAGGGAAGAAAUUGAAUACUUGUGAGCAGUGUGGGGCCAGUUUUCAGAAGCCAGCUCAUCUGAAGCAGCAUAUGCAAGGGCAUUCUCUCGAGAGGCCUUUCACAUGUUCAGUUGACGAUUGUCACUCCAGUUAUAGAAGGAAGGAUCAUCUAAACAGACAUAUGCUUCAACAUCAAGGAAAGUUGUUCGAAUGUCGUGUCGAAAACUGUAAGAGUAGAUUCACAGUACAAAGUAAUAUGACACGACACAUAAAAGAGUUCCAUGACGAAUCCGAUGGUGCUGACGAUACACAAAAUAAGGAGGGAUACGUCUGUUCAGAACAUGGCUGUGGAAAGGUGUUUAAGUAUUUAUCAAAGUUGCGUAAGCACGAGGAUUCUCAUGUUAAGUUGGAUUCGGUUGAGGCACUGUGUGCAGAACCAGGAUGUAUGAAAUACUUCACUAACGAGCAGUGUCUGAAGGAGCACAUUCGGUCUUGUCAUCAGUACAUUACAUGCGAUGAAUGUGGCUCGAAGCAGCUAAAGAAGAACAUCAAGCGCCACAUGCGCAUGCAUGAAGAAAGUGUUUCCUCGGAAAGAAUCAAGUGUAGUGUUGAGGGAUGCUCGCUGACGUUUUCAAAUACAUCAAAUCUCAAUCAGCACAUCAAAGCCGUACAUUUGGAACUGAAGCCAUUUGCUUGCACCGUACCCGGUUGUGGAAUGAGAUUUGCGUUCAAACAUGUACGGGACCACCAUGAACAAUCUGGGUGCCACAUACAUACUCUUGGCGAUUUUGAAGAGACUGAUGAGCAAUUUCGAUCAAGACCAAGGGGUGGUCGGAAAAGAAAUUAUCCAGGAAUCGAGUCCCUUAUGCGGAAACGGGUUUGCCCACCUACUGAAUCUGAACUUGGUUCGAACGAAGCAUUCGCUACCCAAUCUUGAGGAUUAACCGAGUCAAAGUAUUGGUUGACUGGGUACUAAUCUUUGUGAUUUCUGAAUAUAGUAGUUAAAUUAUACGUGUUGUUGAUAUGUAGUAUUUAAAUCAUAUACUAUCGAGUAGUUUUUUGGGAGAAACAUGCGAAACUUCGUAGUAUAUAUGCAGGCAUGAAGCUGCCAUAUCUUAUAUUGUUGUUGUGUUCAGUUUAUAUAAUAUAUAUUGUUUGAAUGUGGGUGUAUUUAAAUUUCACUUUAUAUAGUAAUUUGAAGU